AUAGCAAGCACCUGAAUCAGCAAUCCAUGAGACCAUGACCAUGACGGGGGAUCUCGAAGUGGAUGAAGAAUUUACCUUUUAUACGAAAUUUUAUUGGAUAAUCUAGAAAACGUGGCUGCACGAGGGCCGUGCCCUGGAGUUUGAGACUUUGAGUAGGCUGGGGUGACGUCGUCACUCACGAAAAACCUUGGUAAAAGUUGCAGAAUGAGCCUUCACUUGGGUUUUCAAGGAUUUUCUGGUGCUUCGUUGCUUUGAGAAACUGAACAAUGUGGGGAUAUAUUUAUGUUAUUAAUGAGCACUUCCAUUGUGUUAGGCGACAACUUAAUGUUUUUCAAACAGAAAACGGCUUUGAACUCCAUGUUUUUGCAUGAUUCAUCAAAAUUUGUGAUUCAGUUGAGCAGUAAACGAAGUCGGCUUAGUGGGUUUAUUUCAAAUGCGGAAAAGCACAACCAUUCAAGGAAAAGCAGUUGGUGGAAGAAAUUCUUUUUCGAUGAUGAUGGGAAUUGGCUUGGUUUGAAGGAAGAUGAUAUGCUUGAAGGUGAGUCAGAUAGCUCAGAUUCAGAAAAUAUAUCUGACGGAGAGAAGUUUGAGGCGUGGAGGCAGAGAGCUGAAGCAAUUAUAGAGUUGAGGGAAGCCCAAGAAGACAAGAGUAACGAAGAGCGCAGGAGAUGGGGGGAUUGGCUUUUGGAUGAGACCAACCAGGAUUACAUUUCUUCUUGGAGUCAAGAUUGGGACAAUGAGACGAAGGAGUCUGAGGAGAAGGUGCGAGAUGAUUCUAAUGUUGCUUCUGCUGAAAAGGGGCUGGUAGAGUCUCUGAGGUAUUUGAUUUUGGGAGGGGAAGACGAUGACAUGCUAUAUGAAGAUCGUGUUUUUCAGUAUGCCUCAUCAAAUUCAGCUAAGUUUUUGGCGGUGUUGAUUAUCAUUCCUUGGGCAAUUGACUUUCUGGUUCAUGACUAUAUGCUCAUGCCAUUUUUAGACAGAUAUGUAAAGACUGUACCACUUGCAGCCCAAAUGCUUGAUGUAAGGAGACAUCAAAAACUUCAAAUGAUUGAGGAAUUAAGAACUGAGAGGGGACGGUUUCAGCUUGAAGUAGAGAUUGGUAAAUCUCCACCUCUUAAUGAUGAGGAAAUUUGGUGGGAGUUAAGGCAAAAAGCAUUAGAAUUGAGAGAUGAGUGGAGACUUGAGAACCGUAGAGCAUUUGCCAACAUCUGGUCAGAUAUGGUUUACGGGAUCACUUUAUUUAUUCUUUUAUACUUCAAUCAGAGCAAAGUUGCCUUGCUCAAAUUUACUGGUUACAAAAUAAUAAAUAAUAUUUCAGAUACUGGGAAGGCAUUUCUAAUUAUACUUGUCACAGAUAUAUUCUUAGGGUAUCAUUCUGAAUCUGGUUGGCAAACUUUGAUAGAGAUAAUUGUUGAGCAUUAUGGGCUUGAAGUUGAUCAGGCUGCUAUUACAAUUUUUGUUUGCCUGGUCCCAGUUAUCAUCGAUGCAUGUGUGAAACUCUGGUUAUUUAAAUUCCUUCCAAGAUUAUCCCCAAGGGUGGCAAAUAUAUUUCAGGAAAUGAAACGUCACUAGGUGAAUUUUGCAAUUGGGCUUGCAGAUCUUCUUCAGCAAUAUGAAGUUGGCUUUGUCGCAUAAUAAUUUGUGUUUUUAACAUAGUAUUUAUCUUUCCAUGCAAUUCUUUAUACAGCCAUGUUUAAGUUGAGCUACUCUCAGGGCACAAAUAAAAGGCCAGGCAGAUUCACCAUGACAAGAUUGUAUAAUAGCAUUCUUUGCCAGUGGUGGCUACCAUGCUGCCAAUUGUCAUGUAUGACUAGCUUGCCAGUUGUAUUCUGAUGCAAAAGAACUGAUAUGAAAGUUUUGAAGUACA